GUGACGUAUAAUCUAGUUGACGGGGACGGGACACUUCAACAACAGUUAUCCACCACUCCGAAAUAUUCAAGGUCUUUAUAAUAUUUCGGUGUAUAUUAGCCAUUGUGUUAUAAACACACGUCUACCAGUUACCCAAUUUAAUUUCAUAUUUACGUUGUUCGCUAGCUGGUUGGUUAAAUUUGCCUAUCACUAGUCUAAUCGCUAAUGCUAACUAGCUAGCUAACUUCCUCGACCAUGAGCGCACUAAGAUACUGCCCCCAUACUAAAGAGGAGGUCGGAUGGACGGAAAACGGAGAAGAGAAGAAGGAAGAGGAUGAUGUCGCUGUUAAAAUAGAAGUAGAGCAUGGGGCUGUUACUGUGAAAGAAGAAGAGAUGGACGUUAGAGUGAAUGAAGACAAAGGAGAGUUCAGAGUGAAAGAGGAGGGGGAUGUUACCAAAGAUAUUUAUAUCUGUGAUGUAAAGGAAGAGGAGGAAGAGGAGGAGGAUGCAGUUUUUGGAGUGGAGGGAGAGAUAACUGUCACAUUGAAAGAAGAAGAAGGGGAGACAGGAGAUCUGAUUAACACCAGAGAAAGACCACACUCUCACAACAGGAAGAGUCCAUCAGGUGAACCAGACCCAGAGAUGCCAAAUCCAGCCAGACGACACCACUGCUCCCAGUGUGGAAAGCAUUUUACCAAGUUACAGAACCUAAAACAGCAUGAGAGGACACACAAAGGAGAAAAGCCCUUCCAAUGCUCCCAGUGUGGAAAGGGUUUUAACCGGUUAGGGAGCCUGAAAGAACAUACAAUAAUACACUCAGGAAAGAAGCCUCACCACUGCUCCCAGUGUGGAAAGAGUUUUAACCGGUUAGGGAACCUGAAAAAGCAUGAGAGAAUACAUUCUGGAGUGAAGCCUUACCAGUGUUCCUAUUGUGGAAAGAAUUUUACUCAGUUAGAGAACCUGAAGGAACAUGAAAGGACACAUACAGGGGAGAAACCCCACCAUUGCUCUCAGUGUGGAAAGGCUUUUACCACGUCACGAAACCUUAAAGAGCAUAAGACAAAACACACAGGAGAAAAGCCUUUCCACUGCUCCCUGUGUGGAAAGAAUUUUACCCAUUUAGGGAACCUGAAGAAACAUGAGAGAAUACAUUCUGGAGAUAAACCGUACCCCUGUUCCCACUGUGGAAGGAGUUUUAGGUGGUUAGGAACCUUAAAGCAACAUGAGAGAAUACACACGGGAGAGAAGCCUUUCCAAUGUUCCCAGUGUGGAAAGGGUUUUACCCAGUUAGGUAACCUAAAAGCUCAUGAGAGGACACACUCAGGAGAAAAGCCUUUCCAAUGUUCCCAGUGUGGAAAGAGUUUUACUGUGUUUGUGAGCCUAAAAGAGCAUAAGAGAAUACACACAUGAGAGAAGCCCUACCACUGCUCCCACUGUGGCAAGAGUUUUAGGGGGUUAGGGAACCAGAAAAAACACGAGAGGACACACACAGGAGAAAAGCCUUACUAAUUUUCUCAAUGUGGAAAGAGUUAUAACCAGUUAAGCACCUGAAAGCACCUGAAAUAAAACAUUUAGGUGUGAAGCCUUUCCACUGCUCCCAUUUUAGUUCCAGGGCUAUGAUUUCCGCAUAUUUACAAUUUCUGACAUUUGGCCCAUAGACUGGUCUGUAACUUGAAGAGGGUGGAGCUUUUGGUUCCGGUUUCGAUCCCAGUUCUAUCUCGUCUCUUAACACGUAUGGAUCCAGAACUUCAUCAAGUGUUACCAACCCAGUAACUAACUCAUGGAUUUUGUUGCACUCGCUUUGUCUAAGGGGUGCUAAAGCCUAGCCACCGUGCUUCUACACCUGCAUUGCUUGCUGUUUGGGGUUUUAGGCUGGGUUUCUGUACAGCACUUUGAGAUAUCAGCUGAUGUAUGAAGGGCUAUAUAAGAAUGUAUGCAUUUAUGUGAGAAAUCAGUUCAUGGACCUAGGUGUUGAAUUCCCAGGGAGAAGGCAACCUUACCUCGGUCCAGGACCUUGACCUCUUGACCUCUUGGUCGGCCAGUCCAAGACGACUAUUAUUUGUUUAGAUGGUGACGAAACAUAUAAAUAUACCAAAAUCAUCAUCAGCAAAGUCUUCAUCAGCCUCACAAUCAUCAUCCCCAUGACAACCAAGGACAAUGAUAGCAGUUCCAGAUCAGACUAGCCUACGUCCUCCUCUUCCCUGUGUUCAAAGGGCCGUACGGUUAAAGAAGUGUUUGUACCAGCUGGUCAUGACAGUGGGAAGUCCAUCCUGUCUGACCCUUUUUACACCAGGGGUUCUUAAACCUUGUUCAGCCUGGGACCCAAAUUUUAAAAAAAUGCUGUGUUUUCCUGGGACCUAAGCUUAUUAAAAUAUGCAACUAUGUGUAAAAUAUUGGUUGAUUUCAUUGCCCUUUAUGCCUAAAACAAAUGUAAUAUAAACAAAAACAUAUAACAAUGAUAUGAAAUACCCAUAAAAAGACUAAUCAUGUUUAUUCUUUAAAAACAAAUCGUACAUAUCUGUCUAGGUUGGACCCAUUGCUGUUCAAAUACAAUAAAUAAUUUUCAUUCUGAACUGGGAGUAAACUGAUUGAUCACAGAUGUAGAAUAGAACACACACACACACACGGGCUCAGUUUUUGAUAGUGCAACCCUAAGUAACAGUACAGAUGAAAAAUGAUCAGGCCUACCGUAAAACUUACUGUGGAAAGUAUUGUUGAAAAAAAAAAGUAUUCAGUAGGAACUGUUUCUGUUAAAAUACAAUCACUAUUCGUAUUAUUCUGAACUGGAAUAAACUGAUCAAACCACACAGGUUGAUGUUUUCAACAAGGAUGUCUAUUCUGGACUCCGGUUUUGACAGGGCAACACGGAGGUCAUGCUCAGCAUUGAGUCACAGGAGAGGCCUUGGGGGUGGGGGGGCAGAAAUGUGUACGUUCAUGUGCCUUAAUAACAGACUUGUAUGCCAUCUGUAAAUACCAAUACAAUGGUUAAACUACGAGCCUAGUUGGUUUAGCCAACGGAAAAAGACAGGAACCUUCCCUCCUCUAGCCACGAUUGGCUGAGAUAAAUGAUGGGCUGGACAUUCCCGAGAGAUGAGUUUGGAUUGGUCUGCCAUGUAGCUUCUGUCUAUAACAUGAGCUGCUCACUAUCUUUUUGAAUGUUUCUUAUUUCCUCUCAUGUUAUUCCACUGAGGCCGAUACGUAAAGCUUAAUAAAGAGCAGAGUUUAUUAUUACUUUCUCCAUUGAAACAAAAGAUCAGCUCAGAUGUGCAAGUGCCUUUUGAAGUUGUGAUAGUGGCAAAAUAUGUCAUUAGGAUGUAACGCUCAUUGACACAGGCUGGUAGCAAAGCUAGCCAAAGAUCAAGUGCUUUUUAAGUUGAUAGUGGUUGUUAGGUUGAAUGCUAACGCUCAUUGACACAGGCUGGUAGCAAAGCUAGCCAAAGAGCAAGUGAUUUUUAAGUUGUGAUAGUGGUUGUUAGCUUGAAUGCUAACGCUCAUUGACAUAGGCUGGUAGCAAAGCUAGCCAAAGAGCAAGUGCUUUUUAAGUUGAUAGUGGUUGUUAGCUUGAAUGCUAACGCUCAUUGACAUAGGCUGGUAGCAAAGCUAGCCAAAGAGCAAGUGCUUUUUAAGUUGUGAUAGUGGUUGUUAGCUUGAAUGCUAACGCUCAUUGACAUAGGCUGGUAGCAAAGCUAGCCAAAGAGCAAGUGCUUUUUAAGUUGUGAUAGUGGUUGUUAGCUUGAAUGCUAACGCUCAUUGACAUAGGCUGGUAGCAAAGCUAGCCAAAGAGCAAGUGCUUUUUAAGUUGUGAUAGUGGUUGUUAGCUUGAAUGCUAACGCUCAUUGACAUUGGUUAGCUUUUGCUACCAGCCUAAGAGCAAGUGUUGUUGUUUUUUAAGUAUAAAGGAAUUGAUUUGCGACGAUGAAACAAAUAUUAUACUAAGCAGGACUUUCAAAUGAACCUUACAAUUGUAAUUCAAAAGUAGUGUGAAAUGAACUCAUAAGCAACCUGGAAAUGGAGGCCAUUUUUGCUGGCAGCCUAUGAGAACUCCCCUGAGAUUUCCCCCCUGGGGAAUUAGUGAAUAGCAACGCAGAGGGCGGCAGGGUAGCCUAGUGGUUAGAGCUUUGGACUAGUAACCGGAAGGUUGCAAGUUCAAACCCCUGAGCUGACAUGGUACAAAUCUGUCGUUCUGCCCCUGAACAGGCAGUUAACCCACUGUUCCUAGGCCGUCAUUGAAAAUAAGAAUUUGUUCUUAACUGACUUGCCUAGUGAAAUAAAGGUUAAAAAAAAAAGAAAAAAAGAUCUUAAUGCUGCAAUUUUUGUAAUCACAAGAAAGGGCCUAUGUUGGAGGGGCCUAUAUUGGUGACCAAGAGUCGUGUUGGAGAAUAAUCAGAAUUAGUUGGUAACAUAGGUAAGAUGUUUUAUAUUCAUCAUAUGUUUGUAAGUUACUUCUCAUCAGAAUGUUAUUUUUGUAUAAUACUGUGGCGAGGUUGCAGUAUCUGUUUUCUGUCAAGACAAAGUUGCUUGGGCCGGAG